GGAGAGCAGCCACAGGCUCAGAAGAGGGCUCGGGGCCAGAACAAGAGCCGGCCCCAUAUGAAGCCCUUGCACUACGACAAGAACAGGCUCUGCCCCUCUCUGAUCCAGGAGUCGACUGCUAAGUGUUUCUUUGGUGACCGCUGCCGCUUCCUGCAUGAUGUGGGCCGCUAUCUGGAGACCAAGCCAGCUGACCUGGGCCCCCGCUGUGUGCUAUUCGAGACCUUCGGCAGGUGUCCCUAUGGGGUGACCUGCCGCUUUGCCGGGGCCCAUUUGGGACCUGAGGGCCAGAACCUGGUGCAGGAGGAGUUGGCAGCCCGCUGGGCCCACCCCCUGCCCGUCCGCAAUGGCCUGGAUAAGUCACUGCAGCAGCAGCUGCGGAAACGCAAGAUCCGCUUCGAGCGAGCCGAGCAGGCCCUGUGCCAGCUAAGCAAGGAUCAGCCGCCAGGCCCCACACCUGUUGCUGCUGUCCCCAAGGUCCCAGUGGCUGAGGGUGCUCCAGGGCAGAACGACUGUGAUGCCCAGCAGGACCCUGCGGGGCCGGGUGCUGACACCCCUCCCAGCAGUCCUGGGCGGACCUGCGGGCCCCUGACUGACGAGGACAUAGUCAGGCUGCGGCCCUGUGAGAAGAAGAAGCUGGACAUCGGUGGCAAACUGUACCUGGCGCCCCUCACCACGUGCGGGAACCUGCCCUUCCGGCGGAUCUGUAAGCGCUUCGGGGCGGAUGUGACAUGCGGGGAGAUGGCCGUCUGCACCAACCUGCUGCAGGGCCAGAUGUCCGAGUGGGCUCUGCUCAAACGCCACCAAUGUGAGGACAUCUUCGGCGUCCAGCUGGAAGGCGCCUUCCCCGACACCAUGACCAAGUGCGCCGAGCUACUGAGUCGUACCAUCGAGGUGGACUUCGUGGACAUCAAUGUCGGCUGCCCUAUCGACCUCGUGUACAGAAAGGGUGGGGGCUGUGCCCUCAUGAAUCGCACCACCAAGUUCCAGCAGAUCGUCCGUGGCAUGAGCCAGGUGCUGGACGUGCCGCUGACUGUAAAGAUCCGGACAGGUGUCCAGGAGCGUGUGAACCUGGCACACCGCCUGCUGCCUGGGCUGCGGGACUGGGGCGCGGCCCUUGUCACGCUCCACGGCCGCUCGCGGGAGCAGCGCUACACCAAGCUGGCCGACUGGCAGUACAUCAAGCAGUGCGUGAAGGCUGCCAGCCCCAUGCCCCUGUUCGGAAACGGGGACAUCUUGUCAUACGAAGAUGCCAACCUGGCCAUGCAGACUGGUGUCGCCGGGAUCAUGAUUGCCCGUGGCGCCCUGCUGAAGCCGUGGCUGUUCACGGAGAUCAAGGAGCAGCGGCACUGGGACAUCUCAUCAUCCGAGCGCCUGGACAUCCUGCAGGACUUCACCAACUACGGCCUGGAGCACUGGGGCUCCGACACUCAGGGCGUGGAGAAGACGCGGCGCUUCCUGCUCGAGUGGCUCUCUUUCCUGUGCAGGUACGUGCCUGUGGGCCUCCUGGAGCGGCUGCCACAGAGGAUCAACGAGCGGCCACCCUACUACCUGGGCCGUGACUACCUGGAGACGCUGAUGGCCAGCCCGAAGGCCACGGACUGGAUCCGCAUCAGUGAGAUGCUCCUCGGACCCGUGCCGUCCAACUUCAUCUUCCUGCCCAAGCACAAGGCCAACGCGUACAAGUAGCUUCAGGGACCAGGGCGGGGCCGCCUUCCCAGGGCCCCCCAGUGCAUGGAGAACACAAUAAAUUUUAUUCUUUUAAAAUCCA